UGAAUAAACAUCAUUUCUUUUAAUUUUUGUGAUGUUAUGCGGCUGCGCUUUUCCGUUAAAAUUUGGCCCGCUUUUGAAAAAAUACGUUCACAUGGAACUGAAGAGGCUGGAAUUGAUAAAUAUUGUUUCACAAACUUAUGCAAGGUAGGAUAUACUUCACCACGAGUGUGCCACCAAUGUAGAGGAUCGUCUUUGAUUUUAAUUUUUUUAUCCGAUAAAUAUCUAUCAAGUUCAGAAACGGCAGAUAUUCUUGGAUUAAAAUUGUUAACGGGUGUUUGCUCUUGGAAUUUGAACACUUCCCAAACAUCAUCAUUUUCAAAUGUUUCUUGUAGUGAACCUUCAUCUGAGUCAUUUGCUUCCGAUUGCAAAGGAAUUAAUUUGCUAACUAAAUUAUCGUAGCAAAAUUCAUAUCGAGCAACGUCUCCUAAAAACCUACUUUUUUGAAUCGUGGAUCUAGGAUUAUAGCGCUAUUGAUAAUUUCUGAAUCAAACAUACAUUCAAACUUUUCCUUAAUACCUCGUACCAUUUCUUUGUAUAGUUUAGAAACUGCCUUACACAUGCUUUCAUUUUCCAUUUUUUCUGAAAUUUUUUUUAACAACGAUCUUAUAAGAGCACCCAUUGUUGAAAGUGUGACUAUUUUUUCACCUAUAAUUUCAAUAGUGACUGCAUUAACAAGUUCGAGAACACUUGUCGCUUGUUCGAUUACGGUCCAAUCACGUUCUUCUAAUUUUGAUUUAAUGUUAACUGACGCCACACAGGAAACUAACGGAAUUCUGUUAUUUUUUUAUCUUUUCAACAUUUCGUAAGUUGAAUUCCAGCGAAUUGGACAAUCUUGUUUUAAUUUCUGUUGGGCAUAGUUUAAUUUGGUUUGCAUUUCAAACAAUUUAUAAGUUGCUUUAGCACUCCUUUUAAAAAACAUCACAACACGCUUCGCUUCUUCAACUGUGUUUGUAAUAGACGCUUUUAUUGCGUUUUUUACCACCAAAUUCGUUUGACCACCAGUUUGACGUUUGACGUUUAAUUGUUCGGCCGCAUUUCCGUCGCGCUCCGUGAUUUUUCAAUCAUUCUCUUGUGUUUUCUGCGUCGCAUCGCAUUGUUGCCUUUUCUACGGACUAUUAAACUGUUUAACAUCAUCGCUUCGUCUUGGCGAAUUGUUUAGUUGCAUCACAACUGUGGUUUCCUGCUGUUUUUUCCUGCUCGGCUUAGCAGUGUUGUGCUGUGAUUACGCGUGAUUUCGCGAUGGCGGCUAUUUGCUUCUCGUGUGCUGAACCGCUAGAGGCCACCGGCUGCAUCAUCAGUUGUGCAUAUUGUGACGCUACGUUCCACCGCGGCUGUUGCAAAUUGCCCCCCGAGCUGAUUGACGCAGUAUUGUCCAAUGUCGACCUGCACUGGAGUUGCAUUGGCUGCACUAACAUGCUUAAAAAUCCGCGCUGCCGUUCGGUAAAAGAAAUAGGCGCCCAGGUCGGUUUCCAAGCCGCCCUCAACUCAGCUGUAGCAGCUAUUGGCAAGCUCGUUGAGCCUAUUGUCGCCGAAGUUCGCAGUGGUUUUACCCUCCUUCAAACUGCAUCCACGCCUCACAAUCGGAACUCUGAUCCUCGACCAGCUACUGGUAGAAAGCGGAGGCGUAUAAUCGAGGAUUCGGCAUCUCCUGGUGUAAACAAAAUUGUAAACAGUCGCGGCAACAUCCUUUGUGCCGCGUCAUCGCCAAACGCAUACACCAACACCACGAUUGCCGUCCAGCCGGCACCUACACAACCGCAUGAACUGGUGGGAACCGAUCCGUUAUCAUCACCGCUUCAAGCUGCACCUCGUGAGCCAUUCACAGAUAGGAUCUGGAUCCGCCUAUCCCGCUUAUCAACGGCCGUCACUGUGGAACAAGUGGUCGCUUCUGUAAAGCGUCGCUUAGCCACCGAUGACGUUAUAGCGUAUUGCCUGCUGAGAAGAGGGGUUAGUGUGGACAGCAUGAAUUGGCUUUCAUUCAAAGUGAGGGUCCCGGCUAUCCUUCGAGAUGCGGCACUCACACCAUCCACCUGGCCCGUCGGUAUCGGUGUACGUGAGUUUUUUCAAUCCCGUCAACACGACCACCAAACCUCAUCUCCUAUAGCCACCCGAAACCGCUUUACUUCACGCACACCAGCUACUAGUACUGAACACCGCUACACCACACGCACACCAACAACGACUCACCGUUUAGCCGCACGCACGUCUACUCCACCUGAUCCUGAAACAACAUCAUCACAACAGUGUCACCCCCCGGUGAAUGAUACCUUGGAAGCACCCAACUCAACACUUGUUUCUGGACCGCCCCAAAACCACCGUGCUUCAUCUCCGCACCUACACCAGUCUACAAUCGAUCGCUUUUUUCUCAACUAGACGAAGUUCCGCUCAUUGCACGCAACAAACACGCCAAGCCUCAUGCUCUGACAACGCAGCUCAAUUGACUUACCGUUUACCCGCUUUAUCCAAC